AUGCGAUACAGGAAGCGCGGAGGAGCCUAUAGCAGACAAUUGCAAAACGUCAUUAGUGGAGCCCCAAGUUAUCUUAUUUUUUUAUUAUUAUUAUUUCAUUUUAUUGUAGGUAAAAGAUAUCCAUCCCUAUUGUUUGGGACAUCCAAACCACACAAGAGUAUUAUUGGGAAAAGCAGCCCUCUGUGGCAGUAUAUACUGGAUCAUUCCUUGAGGGAACAUCCAAUUCUCAAGAAGCUGCGCCUGCUCACUGCAGAAUAUCCCUGGGGCAAAAUGAUGGUGUCCUGUGACCAGGCUCAGCUGAUGGCAAAUUUAAUCAAACUCAUUAAAGCCAAGAAAGUUAUUGAAGUAGGAGUUCUCACAGGAUAUAAUGCCUUGAGUAUGGCACUUGCCCUGCCAGAUAAUGGCAGAGUUAUUGCUUGUGACAUAAAUGAAGAUUAUGCCAAAAUUGGAAAGCCACUGUGGAAAGAAGCAGGAGUAGAUCAUAAAAUUGACCUGCGGAUUAAGCCAGCUACUCAAACACUUGAUGAGCUGUUGGCUGGUGGAGAAGCAGAAACCUUUGACUUUGCUUUCAUUGAUGCGGAUAAAGAAACCUACAAUGAGUACUAUGAAAAAUGUUUGCGCCUCAUAAAGAAAGGGGGAAUAAUAGCUAUUGAUAAUGUUCUUCGGUGUGGAAUGGUGCUAAAACCAAGAAAGGAUGACUUGGCAACACAGAGUAUCCACCACCUCAAUGAGAAGCUUGUCAGAGAUGCACGAGUCAACAUCAGCAUGAUCCCAAUGGGGGAUGGAGUUACAUUAGUAUUCAAGUUGUAAAUGGAGGAGUCCCAGCACAUGGGAAAUUGCAAGCAUCAGAUCACCAGGAAAAAUGUAGCCAGAAUGCUGUCAAAAAUGAUUAUUUAACCCACACCUCUACAGCAUAGCGCAGCCUGGGAAAGGAGACUUCAGAAUCAGCAAGACUCUAAGGGCAUCUAAGUUGAAGAGAAAGAUUUGCUUGGCACUGUAGUGUGGCUUCUUAUAUUAAUUAUAAUGAAGGAAGCAUAUUAGAAAAUUGCCUUUUUAAGACAGUGAUUGAAAUAAAUAAAUAAAUAAAUUUGUGUAGAAUGACUGACUUCCAA